CAUCGCCGCGGCUCCACAGAUUGGUGACUCCCGCGCGCUACUUCGUUCCAUUCCAUUCACAUUCACUCGCCGCUUGGCAUUCGUUCGUGUUGUGUGUUUCGUAACGAUUGUAAUCCGUCCAAAUUUUCUUUUAGCGCGAGUGAUAUUUUGGUAAAAAUGUCAAGAUUCGCUUUAAUUGUUCCUGUGGUUUUGGUCGCAUUUUUCGCACAAGAUGCUGACGCAGUCCGGUGUUGGACGUGUUCCUCCGACCUGAACCCGCUCUGCAACGACCCCUUCAUGGUAGCCCAAUCGGAGAACUCAUACCUCUUCCGCCUGGAGAACUGCGACGCGACCUCUGCCGUCUCCUAUCCUUACCUGACAUCGUCUAUCUCCGCUUGCAAGAAGCAGAAGAAAUUCGUUCACGGUGCUUUGGUGAUAUCGCGUGGCUGCACAUGGAAACGUAAGGACGAUUACUCGAACACCUGUCCCAGCACAUCGACCUCUUCAGCCAACGAAGUGACCUCUUUCUGCGAAACUUGCGACUACGAUGGAUGUAACGGAGCCGCUACCAUCUCCAAAACCAUCGCUUUAGUUCUUGCACCACUCGGUCUAUUGCUUUUCAAGUAAUAGUUUUAAUAGACACAGUCUUAAUAUGGGACCAUAUUAUACCAAUACGAUGCACCCACCGUUCAAAGUCUAGGUAAACGGAUAAUGAACAGAAAAAACGUUUUAUUACCAUUUUAUAUUACCAGAACACUUUUUAAAAUAUUGUAACUGUUUCAAAAGUAAUUAGAGAUAUGGAAAUAUAUUUACAAACACUUACAAGUGUUUGACAGUUGUAAUUUUAUACUUUAUUGUAAUUCAUUGCAUUCUUUAUCUGUAUGUUGAUGUUAAAAUAUUCACUUAUCAUUGUUAUCUAGAUAGCUAAGCAUAUAUUUUAAACUCAUAUAUUUAUGUAAACUCUUUAUAUUAUUUCUGAUAUUCUUAACUUCUUUGCACUUUCAUAGUUUCAUAUUACCAAAUAGCUAAUUAACUAUCUUACAGGUUUCUCGAAAUACAAAGGUAUUUGGAGAGUAAAUUCUGUGUCAUUAAUAA